AUGGCACAACACCUUGAUCAACAGAACAGAAUAAUGAUCAAACAGCCUGGGAUGAAAAGAAUGCUCAUAAUUUCAACUGUGAUGGAAUUUAAUCAGCUACAAGCUUUCAUGGCUCAUGCCAGUGCUGCAAAUACGUGGAUACGACUCAAAGCAAUUCACGAUUAUAAAAUGUCUGCACAAAAAAAACAGAUACAGCACAUCAGUAAGGUGGAAUUAUUGGCGCAAGCUCCAGCUGACGUUGGUGAGCCAGUAGGAGAUGUCGACAAAGUUGCCAAAAUUUUAGGCGGACUUCCAGCAAAAGGAGGGAAUGCGAAUGCCGAGACGAGGAUUAGGGAGUCUGUUUUUUUAAUGGUUGGAUCCUCCCCUUUUCCGAAAAUUCAAGAGACAAGAACCCAAGACAUAAGAGGAAGAUCUGGGAGAUCCUUUGGACCAUCAUCAGGGAGUAAACUGUCAUCAUCGUCUCCUCCAGCAGUACAUGAUAAUGGUGGACAUCAAACAACUAUCAACAACUCUUUGCAAUGGCCGAGUCCUCACACUGUACAUGACAUUCUGGCUAAUAGUUGUAAUGUACAGAACUCGUCGUCUUCUUCACCAACUUCGUCAUUAUGCUCCACGAUCAAUAAUAAUCAUCAUUACAACCGUCGUGAUGACAAUUCUGUUAACAAUGAUAAUAACAGUAAUAAUGAAAAUAAUAAUGAUCAUAGAAUAUCGGGCGGUUAUCUUCACCAUCAUCAUCCUCAUCUAGCACAUCAUCAACAGUAUUACGCAUCAGCGUUGUAUCACCAUCACCAUCAUCGUACAGAUGCUAUGACAGCAGCCACUAUAUCAUCUACACUUUCUGUACAAGCUAUUAUGUUGCAGUCAGGAACAACAAACCAUCCAGCCAGCCCUUGCAAUUAG